CUGUCCCAUACGCAUCAGAGNGGGCGAAGAAGGGCUUCAGCUGGUGGAGGAAUCGGUGAGACUUGGACGGUAGUCGAUGUAGGACAUGAUGGAACAGCGGCAGAGUUUCCAUCUGAGGCACUAGUGUUUGCACGAUCGCCUGAAGAACCCGAGAAAGGAGUCCUUCAAGCUACUUGGAUGUCGCUCGCUAAAGGUCGUUGCCGAAUAGCACUUGUACGUGCAGAAGAGCCCUAUGGAGCACAAGAAGCUGAAAGGAUUUUGGUGGAAAAUUAUCAAGGAGCUAUUGAGUUUUUGUUUGAGCUUGGCACAUGGCUUACCUACAUAGCUAUGCCUUGCAUCGCUGUAAAAGAUAGUCUAAUAGGUGAAUUAAUCUCUGUCCCUCUGGCUUGGAAUACACUGGAAAUAUUUUUAAAGUGUGUUGCUCAUGUGUUGAAUCCGCUUCUGGCGGCUGGAGAGACAGUGAAAGACGGUCUCCUCACUCAUUCGGUGGCAUUUUUACAACCUCGAAAACCGAACAGUUCGGAAUCCGGAGUGCGCACCAUUGAAAAUGCGACGUUGUUAAGUGAAAUCAGUGAAUUUGUUUCCUCUUCUUCGUCUACUGUUGACGAUCCGCAGGACACUGGGACUGCAAUAAAUGAGCUGACUGAUGGCAUAUCCAAUGGCCCCAGUGGUAUGCUACCUCAUUUUCUUGAAAUGGGUUGCCACAGCGAACACGGAUAUUUAAUACUUCAAUCCAUUCUGCAGUGUUUGGCUAGUCGGAUUCAAGGACAUUCAGCCCGUCAUCUCAGCUGGUUACUCGAGGCAGAAGCUAGUCGAAGAAAUAGUUUCUAUUGA